UAUUACUUAGUUAUUAAAUUUAUAGUAACCACAUUGUGUGAUCUUGUUCCAUUUCUUUCUUUCACGAUCGUCAUAUCAAGCUAGAACAAUUCAUCAUGAGCUCCGACAACAGAAGUGAUGAUCAGCGGUUCGAUUCCGACCGUUCGUUUUGGUUAAGCACGAGUUCUUACGAUGCCAACAGCAAGAUCUUACUCUUCACCAUCGUUUCCUUCUCUGUUAUUAUCCUCAUCGUCUUCGCUUAUCAUCUCUACGCAAGGUUCGUUCUCCGCUACCGUAGACCAGCCUUCCAAGACCUAUCCUUUUCCGUCGUUUCUCACCGGCCAAAACGUGGCCUCGACACUCUAGUCAUCGCUUCUCUCCCAACGUUCCUUGUUGGAGUCAAGAAUGACGUGGCGGGUACUGAAUGUGCGGUUUGUCUAAGCUUGUUGGAGGAGAAAGAUACAGCGAGGAUGCUACCGAACUGCGAGCACGUUUUCCACGUAAGUUGCGUUGACACGUGGCUCACCGCGCAGUCCACUUGUCCCGUUUGUAGAACUGAAGUCAAGCCAAAUCCAAGGCUUGAGCCUGAACCAAGAGAAGGGCCAGUUGGUGAUGGUGCACCGCCGUUGGAUUUCGCGGCGGCAUCUUUGUCGGAUCACAACAAAACCGGCGGGUCAUCGGUUUCGCGGUUAGAUUCAUUUCGAAGGAUUUUGACAAGGCAAAGAUCUUCUAACAGUAAUAAUGAUCAUUCUCGCGUUGACCAAGAUCGUGCAUUGGAUAUAGAACGUCAAUGAAAUCAGUCUAUAGUAUAUGUGAUUCAUGUUCAUGUACAAUACAAUACUACUCUUUGUUCCUUUAAAUUUUGAUUUGUGUAGUCAAAAUGUUUUGAAUGUGUAUGACGGCAAGCUUU